AUGAGGCGAUGCGAAACGCGGGUUUGCUGGAGAAAAGAAGUCGAUCAGAAGCUCAAGCGGCUGCACUCUAUAAUUGGCGCAGACGCGGCUCUUGAGAAGGGAGAUUUUGCUGGUAAAACUAUGAUAGGAAAAUCAAUAGGUCGAGAGGCUAAAGCAACCUCUUUCUACAUAUUAGCCCGACCAAAUGGGUUUGCUUUUCUGCUGAAAACCUCUAUAGGCGAGGGUGAGAUACUUGUAAAAGCUCCUUUUGGUGUUGCUAGCUGCCGUCAGCCUGCUGUGGUAUUUGUGGAUGAAAUAGACUCUCUCCUAUCACAGCUUAAAUCAGAAGGUGAACACGAAUCAAGUAGGCAACUGAAGACGCAGUCCUCAUUGAAAUGGAAGGCUUUGACAGUGGCAGUGAGCACAAAUUAUGUUAAUAGGUUAUUUCUGAAGACAUUAUCUGCAAGGUCUUCACCUAAAUAUGUGCAACUAAUAGACCUCAAGAACUCGAUGAGGCUGCAAGACGGCGCCUCACAAAGAGAAGCAAACCCCUGGAUCAUAAAGAACGUGCUUGAGAAAGAUGGACUGUUCAACCUUUCAAAUGAAACUACUGAUACUAUCUGCAGAUUAACCAAAGGCAGAACUAACCACUAA